AUGGCUAACAACAGGGAAGUGAGUGAGUUGAAAGCGCAAUUUGAAGUGUUGUACGCUAAAGUGGCUGAAAUUAGAGCACAGGAGAAGAUUAAGAGAGAAGAAUUGGCUAAUAUCAGAGCGGCACAUACGACAAAGCUACAAGAAGCAAGGGUUUUGUCGGCCCAGUUGCAGCGGCUUUGGGAGCAGCGAAUUGGAGAGCUUUAUGGGCAAGUUGAUGAAAUUCGUAGAAGGGCUUGGGCAGGUUAUGGCGGAAUUGGGGCGACCGUUGAAAAUGUGCAACCUGUUGAGAGGAUUAUUGAAGAGGAUCGGGGUAGUGCUGUGGCUAGGAAUGUUGGUGUUCGAGGAGGUCAUGUAGAACAAAGGGAUGAUGGUGGUGUUGAAGGAGGUCCUGUAGAACAGAAUGAGGUUGGCGGUGUUGAUGCUGAGAUGGAGGAAUUAAAUGAAGAGGGGGAGGAUGUAGAAGAGGGGAAUGCUGAUGAUGAGGAUGAUGAAGAUGCUGAAGAUGAAGAUGGUGAAAAUGGGGAUGAGGACGGGGGUAAAGCCGAUGAAAAUGGUUUUGAGGAGGAGGUUGAAGAUGAUGCUGAAGAUGAUGAUGGAGGGCAUUGGUCUUCUGGCUCUGAUGGUGGAGAUGAGUUUAUGGGUUACGAUGACAAUCACGGGUCAGAGUCUUCAACUAAUUCAGAUGCUUACCGGCGCACUCCAAGGAACUUUGAUCGCAUUUGUUAG